UGCAAGCGAAAUGAAAGGUCGUAUUUAUCUUGCAUAAAUUUGUCGUGACUACAAAUUCAGUCACGAGUUCUUUUUUAUUUGUUUUCGUACAGUUUCUGAAAUUGUCUCUAGAUACUACACAUGUGGUAUAGUCGAAAAUGUAGUGAUGAGACAGGUACGAGCGUGUGCAAGUCAGACGAAUCUCCAAGAUCCGCCCAACCUUGUCUCGCUGACAUUAAUGGAACGUUGGAAAAAUCCAGCCAAGUGUGGCUUUACGCAUGGCUCAUUGAUGUUAUUCACGCUUCCUUGGCUUCUGCAACCGGAGUCAUCACCGUGACCUCGUGCAAAAAUGUCAUGACCGACAGUCACUGGAUGCUCAACGAAUUUCUGUUGUUUGGAUAUUCCUAUUCGGCCAUCGACCUCUACGCCUCGUAUAUGAGCCACUUCCAUACUCACAGGCUCAGAGGGAACAGCAUGUACAACAAGCAGUCUCUGACGACACUUAAGGCUUUCCUCUCCAGCUAUUGGUUGACAGUCCUCCAUCACCUGGCAGUGCUUGGUAUUCUGUUACCCAUUGGUGUGUUUUACAGGAGGGGAUUGGGUGAUUUCUUCAUCGGGUGUUUGUUCAUCACAGAACUCAGUGUUGCUUUUGCCUCUAUUUCAAAGAUCAUCGUCCAGGUAGGGCUCGAGAAUAGCAGGCUGCACAAAAUCAACAGCAUCUUGGUUCUGUUGACUUUCCUCAUGUGUCGGAUCUUCAUUUUCCCGUAUAUGUACUGGAAGUACGGGCACGACUUUGGCAUUCCGCUGCACAAAGUGCCCUUCCAUCUGCCUUGGCACUGUAACGUUGGAAACGUGGCUAUUUUUUUGCCUCAGCUCUAUUGGUUUUAUCUCCAGCUGAAGAAAGCCCAACGAGUGUUCAGACAUAAGAAAGAAAUCUAACCCGCAGUACAUGAAUACUCUCAAAAGGUUAAGGAUAUUUCAGGAUGAAUCUGAAAUCCACCAAACAUUUGGGCAUGUGCAUUCAAAAGUCAGAAAGCAUUAACCUGCAUUUAUCUUGUGUUGUCGGUUCAACUUUCAAUUUCAACCAAAAACAUAAUAGCUCUGACUUUUUUGUGAGCAGCGUAGAUGUAAACGCACACUGCAAUGCCAAUGCAAGUUAGUGGUAACUCAAGCAGGGUGCAGACAUAAAGAUAAUUUGAUGAUUUUUUUUAGCCCAAUUUCUCUUUUCAACAGAAAAUCAGACAUUUAGAUCCCAAGUGUCAAGCUUCAUCUCUGUGUGAUGCCUGUAGGACAUUUUGAUGAAGCCAUAAAAAUGUUGUUCAACUGUGAUAAUAAACUUUGAUGCAUAUUUUCUGAAAUAUAAGCAAUUGUUUCACAAUACUGUAUACACAAUAUCGGUGAUUACCGCGCCACACUACUUUCCUGUGAGAGAUCAUCCAAAAAUCAUUCAUGACAAAUAUUUUGUUCCGCAAUUUACGCCAGUGAUUGGCAAAUCAAUUCAAAUCUCUGCAUCAUACAAAUGUUUUGUAAACUUGCCACCUCACAGAUAUUAACCCUACCAAGUUGAGAUCAUUGGAAAAAAUACUUCCAAGUAUACAAAAUCAUGCCUUUUUCUUCCCUUCUUAGAUUCUGUGUUCCCUGAAUGCACUGAAACCACACCCCGCUCAACGGUUAUCAAAUACCAUACAGUAUCACACGUUCUUUCUUAUGGCUACACUUCCCUAUGUUCAGUAUUAUCAUUAGUUUAAAGCCUCUGAGCUGUUGGGGGGGCUUUCAAGUGAAUCUAAAAUGCACAAGCAUUAACACGCAGACCCACACAAAAAAACCACUUCCGGGAUAUCAACAAAGACCCAGUGGGCUGGUCGACGCACAUUGCUGCCAAACUGUACCAAUACGACUUACAUAUAUCUGUAUGCAUGUACCAGUAUGUAUACUAUAAAGACCCUACUGUUCAAAGAUUUCUUUAAAGUUAUGCAGUUCAUGUUAUCCCUUUCCUCACUAAUGAAAGCUUAAAACUGAAAUGAAAGAAAUCAUGGCAUCAAUCUGCAAAAUGAACUCUAAACUUUAGAAUACUGUAUUUGUAGCUUGAUUCCAUGAUUUAUUCCACAACCUGAAUAUUGUUUUGUGGUUUCACUGCAGAGUAAAAUGAGAACUCAAACUCCAGGCAUUUUAAUUUCAGAAAAAAAGUAGAAUAUAUACCUAUGUUAACAGUUUUGUGGAAAGUCUUGGCCCUUUUUUUAUUAUUUUCAUAAUUUCCCCAUUUUAAGAUCACACAAAUCUGAAUGUCAGACAAAUAUAAGCCAAGUGUACUUAAAAUAGUUUUAAAUCAUUUCAUUUAUUAAGGGGAAAAAACUAGUAACCCAGCCCUGUGGGAGUUUCACUGAUCAAAUUAUCAAAUAAAAAUACAUUAAAAAAAACCUGUUUGACAAAAUCAUGUCAGACAAAAGAAACUUGAAAAAAGGUGCAACAAAAU